GAGGACUUGUUCACGGCUAAAGCGUCCGUGGAGGCUGGUUCUGGGCGCGCGUGGGCAGUCGACAUUUGACUUUUGGCAUCAGUCGUUGAAGUAUUCAAGGGCCACCCAUCACUCACAUAAGUACGCAGCCGCGUGUCAGGCCACACCAUGGCAUGCGUGGCACAUGGUACAGCUCGCGUGCGCCUCCAUGUGGCUGAGGUGCGCGGUCAUUAGCAUGCAGCGCUUCCCUGGCCGAAACCACGUGCCCUCGCCGCGGUCGAGUCCCAGCUGAUCGGUUCGUCCACUCGAUAGAUCCGUGACCUGCUGCCGCCGGGCAACGCGCAGCUGGUGGCCGUGCUCGUCAGCGCCAUCUACUUCCGGGCCGAGUGGCGCACGGCGCUCGAUGCGCGCCGCACGCAGCCGGCGCCGUUCACGACAGCGGACGGCCGCCGCCAGACCGUCCAGAUGAUGGCCGGCGACGGCCAGUACGGCUACCUGCGUAGCGAGUCGGGCCGCUUCACCGCGAUCGCCAUGCCCUACAAGGACGAAAGGUACCAGAUGAUCCUCGUGUUGCCCGACCAGGGCGCCAGUGUAGGGGACACCCUCAAUCAAGUCGACGCUGACGCAAUGUACAAACAAAUGCGCCAUCAGGAGGUGGAGAUAAAGUUUCCGAAGUUCCGUGUGCAGACCAAGUUGCAGCUGACGGACGUGCUGAAAAGGGUGGGAGUGCGCCAAGUGUUCACGUCGCUGGCGAACCUGCAGCGGAUGUCGCCCGACCCGCGCCUCUACGUGAGUGAUGCACGCCACAGCGCCAUCAUCGAGACGGACGAGCGCGGCAGCGAGGCGGCCGCCGCCACCUCGAUCAGCAUCAGCGCGCGCAGCUUCUUCACGGCGCCGACGCCGUCGUUCGUCGCCGACCGGCCGUUCCUCUUCUAUGUGUAUGACGUGACCUCGGCGAACGUGCUGUUCAGUGGCCAGGUGGCGGACGCGGCGGCGGCGCAGGCCGGCGCGGUCGGCGCGGCCGGCACGGCUGGCGCGCGGCCCGUCCUCCUGGCGGCCAACGGGGCGCGUCAGCGGGCCGCGCGCGGCCCGGUUCCAGCCGACGAGCCCGGUGCCGACGCUGGCGCAGGGCCGGUUUGCCGCGCAGGGUCAGUUCCGGCCGGCGGGCACGUCGCAAGGCCAGUUUCUGACGGGUCGCUCCGGGGCGGGCUCGUCCCGUACAAUACAGAGAUGCCCUCCGAACAGUUGUAG